AUGAGUUUCUCAACGGCAACCGCGGAAGUCCAGCCCCGCUACAAUCAACUUUUCACUGAGUUAGAGGACCGCUUCAAAACCACCAAAUUGGGCAGCGACAAAUGGUACAUCCUAGCUAUUACCACACUGGCCGCUGGCCCAGACCCUGAGCGCGCAGACCAGCUCUACCUCCAUCUCACCAAACAAGCAAACUAUGCAACCUCGCCAACCCGACAAGCUCUGGUCCGCCGGCUCCGCGAGGCAUUGGUCAAAGCAGUGCCUAUAAUCGGAGUAUGCAAGCCCAUCGAGGCAAUUCUGGCGAUCAGUGAAGUCGAGCGUGACGAGGACAAGGAUUACACUUUCACCCGCGAGGGCUGGCAGUGCGAUCAGGCCAACCAUGAACGCGGCACCGGGUGGUUGCAGAAGUUGUAUGCUCGCAACACCACCGGCACGCUUGAUCUGUUCAGUGCUCACAAGGACUUCUCCUGGCUUUCCAAGGAGAUCACUUACGGGCUGUUCUUGUCGGACCGCCAAGUCCUGAAUGACCUUGAUACCCAACUUGUUGUGCUGCCCGGUAUUAUGAGCCAGAAUCUGCCCAAGGAGACCCAUUGGCAUAUUCGUGGUACAAGACGCAUUGGCGUUCCUCAGGAGGAGGUUCAGGUUAUUUGGGAUUGUGUGCAGCUUGUGGCUCAGUUCUAUGAUAUUAAGCUUCACAAAGUGCCGACUGUUGAGGCUGUUGAGUAUGAUGUUUAG